CUUCUCCAAUGGGUUUGAGAAAGAGAUGAGGACGCCAGCACUAUGCAAUUGAGCUCUUCCUCAUGAGAAACAUAAACGGUAUGCAACCUAUAGCAAUGUACUAGUUUCCAGUGUCAAGUCCUCUUUAGACGGAGAAGCUCGUUUCAAUUUUUUACAAUACCAAUUUGAUCCACACGUGGAAACACGUUUCGGAAAUGAGCAAUUUUGCCCUACUGUUUUGUUUUGCUUUCUCAACUUUGUCCUCGUGCACAGCGCUGAAGAGGAACGACGAGCCUAUUAUCGGUGUUUUAGCGCAGGAGGUAUACUCGCCUCGAUCGCAGAAUGCGUCUUAUAUAGCCGCAUCGUAUGUCAAGUUCCUGGAGUCUGCUGGAGCAAGAGUCGUCCCUGUGAUGAUAAAUAAGACACUGGAAGAGUACAAAACACUGUUCAACUCCAUUAAUGGAAUACUCUACCCUGGUGGAGGUGUUAGCAUCCUCACAUCUGGGUAUGCAAAGGCUGCUAGAAUCUUUUAUGAGCUUGCCAUAGAGGCCAACUCAAGGGGUGACUAUUUCCCUGUAUGGGGCACGUGUCUUGGAUUCGAGGAAUUGACGUACCUGACCAGUGGAAAGAUGCUUCUGUCCCACACCAAUACCAGUGGUGUGGCAUUGCCACUGGUGUUUACUAACAGAUCAAGAGAGAGUAGGAUGUUCAAGGGCUUCCCAUCAGAGCUCCUGGAUGCACUGGCCUCUGAGCCAAUCACUGAAAACUCCCAUAAAUGGAGUCUCACUUUGGCGAUUUAUAACAGCAAUGCAGACCUUAGGAAGUUCUACAAAGUCCUGACCACAAGCAGUGAUGGGAUAAACGAGUUUGUGUCAACUAUGGAAGCAUAUAGCUUCCCCAUCUAUGGAACCCAAUGGCACCCUGAAAAGAAUACAUUUGAAUGGACAAAGCCGUACAUUCCACACUCUCCAUUGGCUGUAAAGGUUACUUUCUUCAUGGCCGAUUUCUUUGUCAAUGAAGCUAGAAAAAACUUUCACAAAUUUGAGGAUGAGGAGGUGGAGAAGAGGGCACUGAUAUAUAACUACAAUCCUGUGUACACUGGAAUCAAGUCAGCCUUUGAACAAAUAUAUUACUUUUGAAAUGAGUGUCUUUUUGAUAUUUUAGUAGAAAUUGUGGACAAAUAUUGAAUUUUAAAAGCCUGUUAUUAAUAACUAUUGAUUUUUAAAUAUUAAUAAAGACUUCCUGACUUGCCAAAGAUGCCCUCUGUGCAUCCUCUGUGACUUCUAGGAAGAUGUUAACCCACUUAACCCCAACAUUUCUCCAAGUUCACCAUCAUUGUAAAACUCCCACAUUUUCAGGUCAACUCUGUUACUUGAACUGAACUCUUGAUUUUUUUCCCCCCUGAGACAUUGCAUAUCUCAUUGUCAAGUCAGUGUAAAAGCAGGUGAGCUGGUUCUACUCUUUUAACCCAUGUUCUGGUGUUUGGUGGUGAAAAACUGAGCAGGUCGAGCACAACACUUCAACCCUGUUACCCAUAGAUGGUCAGGCUGGAAAGGUUAUAACAAUGUUUUUUUUGUGAAGUUUGAAUUCAACUGCCCAUUCCCCCCCGGUCACAAAGAAAUGUAUGGCUGAUUUAAGAUAAGGUAGUCAACCCUGUUACUUUAUUUGGCACCAUAGUUUUUUAUUUAACCUCUUGAGAUGGGGAAAUUUGUUUCAUUAAGUUGAACAUGUGCUCUUUAUGACAAUGUUAAAAUAAGUGAAAUAAAAUAAAUCAAACUUCUCAAAAGGAACCUAAUUGGUGGAACGACCCAAAUUAUUGUUCUUAAUGGUACUGAUAUAAACCUACAAUCCUGUUCACUGGAAUCAAGUCUGCCUUUGAACAAUAUUACUUUUUUGUGAGUAUGUAAUUUAAUGUUUAUUUCAAUAAUUGUAAUGGUAUUUAUGCGGCAACACUUAGAUGUACAUUUCUGUAAAUUAAAAGCUUAAUGUUUGAUUUGUAUAUUUUGGAUUAAAGGUUUUACAAAGAAAGUAGGCUAACUGAGAACAAUAAAGUUGUUCGUAUGACUA